AUGGCUAGUGGUUCGGCAAAACCCGCAACCAAAGUUGUCUCUAAAACCCCUGCGGGAGGCGGCGGGGCGGCUGGGGUAAGCGGAGGGCCCCCGGUUUUGCCCCUCGCCUCUCCGCUCAUGGGGAAAAAGAAGAAGCCGUUUCUGGGGAUGCCCGCCCCGCUAGGCUACGUGCCCGGUCUCGGUAGAGGUGCCACUGGUUUCACCACCCGGUCUGAUAUUGGUCCUGCUCGGGAUGCCAAUGACCCAGUGGAUGACCGCCAUGCCCCUCCAGGGAAGAGGACAGUUGGCGACCAGAUGAAAAAGAAUCAGGAUGAUGAUGAUGAAGAUCUGAAUGAUACCAACUAUGAUGAGUUUAAUGGCUAUGCAGGCAGCUUGUUCUCCAGCGGGCCCUAUGAGAAAGACGACGAAGAAGCAGAUGCUAUAUAUGCUGCACUGGACAAGAGGAUGGAUGAGAGGCGCAAAGAAAGAAGGGAGCUGAGGGAGAAGGAGGAAAUCGAGAAGUACCGUAUGGAGCGACCAAAAAUCCAGCAGCAGUUUUCAGAUCUCAAGAGGAAACUGGCAGAGGUGUCAGAGGAAGAGUGGCUGAGCAUCCCUGAGGUGGGCGAUGCCAGGAACAAGCGUCAGAGGAACCCCCGCUACGAGAAGCUCACCCCUGUGCCUGACAGCUUCUUCUCCAAACACCUGCAGUCUGGAGAGAACCACACCACUGUUGACCCACUGCAGGGGCUUGGCGGUCUGAACACGCCUUACCCAGGAAGCAUGACCCCUGGCCUGAUGACACCCGGGACAGGAGAACUGGACAUGAGGAAGAUCGGUCAGGCCAGGAACACACUCAUGGAUAUGAGGCUCAGCCAGGUGUCAGACUCAGUGAGUGGACAGACAGUGGUGGAUCCUAAGGGUUACCUGACAGAUCUCAACUCCAUGAUCCCCACCCAUGGAGGAGACAUCAGUGACAUCAAGAAAGCUCGUCUCCUGCUGAAGUCAGUGAGGGAGACCAACCCCCACCACCCGCCUGCCUGGAUUGCCUCUGCCAGGCUGGAGGAGGUCACCGGAAAACUGCAGGUGGCCCGGAACCUCAUUAUGAAGGGCACCGAGAUGUGUCCCAAGAGUGAGGAUGUCUGGCUUGAGGCAGCCAGGCUCCAACCAGGCGACACAGCCAAGGCCGUGGUCGCACAGGCCGUGCGCCACCUGCCCCAGUCUGUCCGCAUCUACAUACGAGCUGCAGAGCUGGAGACAGACGUCAGGGCCAAGAAACGAGUCCUCAGGAAAGCUCUGGAGAAUGUGUCCAAGUCAGUGCGUCUGUGGAAAACAGCCGUGGAGCUAGAAGAGCCAGAGGAUGCCAGGAUCAUGCUGAGCAGAGCUGUGGAGUGUUGCCCUACAAGUGUGGAGCUGUGGCUGGCACUGGCCCGGUUAGAAACAUACGAGAACGCCCGUCGUGUCCUGAACAAAGCCAGAGAGAAUAUCCCCACAGAUCGUCAUAUCUGGAUCACUGCUGCCAAGUUGGAGGAGGCCAAUGGCAACACUCAGAUGGUGGAGAAGAUCAUUGACAGAGCCAUCACCUCCCUACGCGCCAACGGUGUGGAAAUCAACAGAGAACAGUGGAUACAGGAUGCAGAAGAAUGCGACAAAGCCGGCAGCGUGGCCACCUGCCAGGCCGUCAUAAGGGCCGUCAUAGGGAUUGGCAUUGAGGAGGAGGACUGCAAACACACCUGGAUGGAAGAUGCAGAGAGUUGUGUCUCACAUGGAGCGCUGGAGUGUGCCAGAGCCAUCUAUGCCCACGCCCUGCAGGUGUUCCCCAGUAAAAAAAGUGUUUGGCUACGAGCUGCCUACUUUGAGAAAAACCAUGGCACCAGGGAGUCUUUGGAGGCUCUGCUCCAAAGGGCUGUGGCUCACUGUCCCAAGGCAGAGGUCCUGUGGCUGAUGGGGGCCAAAUCGAAGUGGCUGGCUGAUGAUGUGCCUGCUGCCAGAAGCAUCCUCGCUCUGGCCUUCCAGGCUAACCCUAACAGUGAAGAGAUCUGGCUGGCUGCUGUUAAACUAGAGUCUGAGAAUAAUGAGUACGAGAGAGCCCGUCGACUGCUGGCCAAGGCCCGCAGCAGCGCCCCCACAGCCAGAGUGUUCAUGAAAUCUGUGAAGUUGGAGUGGGUGUUGGGGAACAUUGAAGCAGCGCAGGAACUGUGCACCGAAGCCCUGAAGCACUACGAGGACUUCCCCAAACUCUGGAUGAUGAGAGGCCAGAUAGAGGAGCAGUGUGAAAAUAUGGACAAGGCCAGAGAGGCCUACAACCAAGGGCUGAAGAAGUGUCCACACUCCAUGCCCCUGUGGUUGCUGCUGUCUCGUCUAGAGGAGAGGGUGGGACAGCUGACGAGAGCCAGAGCAAUCCUGGAGAAGGCACGACUCAAGAACCCCCAGAGCCCUGAGCUAUGGUUGGAGUCAGUUAGACUGGAAUUCAGGGCCGGACUGAAGAACAUUGCCAACACACUGAUGGCCAAAGCCCUGCAGGAGUGCCCCAAUUCAGGUAUCCUGUGGGCUGAGGCGGUGUUUCUGGAGGCCAGGCCCCAGAGGAAGACCAAGAGUGUGGAUGCUCUGAAAAAGUGUGAACAUGACCCCCAUGUCCUGCUGGCUGUAGCCAAGUUGUUCUGGAGUGAGCGUAAGAUCACAAAGGCCAGAGAGUGGUUUCUGAGGACAGUGAAGAUCGAGCCAGACCUGGGAGAUGCCUGGGCUCUCUUCUACAAGUUUGAGCUGCAGCAUGGCACAGAGGAACAGCAGGAGGAAGUGCGUAAGCGCUGUGAGAAUGCCGAGCCCCGCCACGGAGAGCUGUGGUGUGCCGAGUCCAAACAUGUCCUCAACUGGCAGAAGAAGAUCGGAGAGAUCCUAACUCAGGUGGCCAGCAAGAUCAAGAACACUUUCUGAGCCGGAGGAAGUUUGGAUUGAGAACAGCUGGAGGACAGUCACCAGCCCAUGCAGGCAUGACAGGAAGUAGCCAUGGACAUACAGAACCUCAGUUCUGUAGUGUGGUGCUCCCAUCAGUGGUACAAAACAGGAAAAUAUACUUAACACACACUCAUUUCACCUUUUACUUUUGAACUGAACCCUUCUAGGUAUCAGUUUUUAUUGAGCAAAACAUGUUUUGUCUUAGAUAUCUGUUGUUAAAAAUGAACCAAGCAUAUUUUGUGGGAGAUGAUUUUGAUGGAAUAAUUGUUAGUGUCAUGUCCUCUUGGGUAUGUAAUCUGUUCCAGUUGUUUUUGCCAUUGUCUUUGCAGGACUUGACAGUGUACAUAAACUAUGUUGGUCAAGAGCUAUGUCUCAUAUUCAUCAUGUUAAAAUAAUGUGCUGCUUUUUCUACUGUGCUUGUAUUCAGAAUUACUUUGGAGGCAUCUAAUAAACAAAAAGCAAAGAGCAUUGUA